CCACUCCUUUUUUUCCCACACAACCACAACACACUUUCUCUCUACAAUACACAUCUUUUCCGACUCUUGUGUUUUUUCUCUCUCAAGCACACAUAGCACGCAUCCACACACUUACUUUUGAGGUAUAUCUCUUUCAAAGGUUCAAAAAUCAUGCCUGAGGCACCAAAAAACACUUUGAAACCCUCUGAUUACAACCUUGCUGAGAAGAACAAGAAAUCCCUUCAGUUCAUUGAAGAUGUGACCUCAAACGCUGAUGAGGCCCAGAAGAAGGUUCUUGAAGAAAUUCUUUCUCGCAAUGCUCAUGUUGAGUAUUUGCAAAGGCAUGGUCUUAAUGGCCAGACUAACCGUGAGACUUUCAAGAAAGUCAUGCCCGUGAUUAAUUAUGAGGAUAUCCAGCCUGAUAUCAACCGUAUUGCCAACGGUGAUGCCUCACCAAUUCUCUGCUCAAAGCCCAUUUCAGAGUUUUUGACAAGCUCUGGGACCUCAGGAGGGGAGAGAAAGUUGAUGCCAACAAUUGUAGAGGAGCUGGGGAGGAGAUCACUGUUAUAUAGCCUGUUGAUGCCUGUUAUGAGUCAGUUUGUUCCUGACCUAGAAAAAGGCAAAGGAAUGUACUUUUUGUUCAUAAAAUCUGAGGCUAAGACACCUGGUGGACUUGUGGCUAGGCCAGUUCUCACUAGUUACUACAAAAGCACCCAUUUCAAGGACAGGCCUUAUGACCCUUACACUAAUUACACAAGCCCAAAUGAAACCAUUCUUUGCCCUGACUCUUACCAAUCCAUGUAUUCCCAAAUGCUUUGUGGUCUUUGCCAGCACAAAGAAGUCCUCCGUGUUGGGGCUGUUUUCGCCUCUGGUUUUAUUCGAGCAAUCCGUUUCUUGGAAAAAUAUUGGAAGUUUCUUGCGAAUGAUAUUAGAACUGGCAUAAUUGACCCCCAAAUCACGGAUCCUUCGAUACGUGAAGCAGUCAUGAAAAUACUUAAACCUGAUGCAAAACUUGCCGAUUUUAUUGAGGCUGAAUGCAGCAAAGAAUCCUGGCAAGGAAUCAUAACAAGGUUGUGGCCAAACACUAAGUAUGUAGAUGUUAUUGUGACAGGCACCAUGUCACAAUAUAUUCCAACUCUUGAUUACUACAGCAAUGGGCUGCCUUUAGUCUGCACCAUGUAUGCGUCCUCUGAGUGCUACUUUGGUGUCAAUCUUAAUCCUAUUUGCAAGCCAAGUGAAGUGUCUUACACCCUCAUUCCCACCAUGGCCUACUUUGAGUUCUUACCUGUUAAUAGAAAUAAUGGGGGCAUUAACUCAGUUUCCAGGCCUAAAUCACUUAAGGAGAAGGAGCAACAAGAACUGGUUGAUCUUGUGGAUGUCAAGCUUGACCAAGAAUAUGAGCUUGUGGUCACAACCUAUGCAGGUCUUUAUCGCUAUAGGGUUGGUGAUGUGCUACGAGUGGUGGGGUUCAAGAACAAGGCACCCCAGUUCAGCUUCAUAUGCCGGAAAAAUGUAGUCUUGAGCAUUGAUUCAGACAAGACCGAUGAGGUUGAACUACAAAGUGCAGUUAAGAAUGCUGUGAACCAUUUGAUCCCAUUUGAUGCAACACUAGCUGAGUACACUAGCUACGCAGAUACCACUACCAUUCCAGGCCACUAUGUGUUAUUUUGGGAGCUUAGCCUCAGUGGGUCAACCCCUAUUCCUCCCUCGGUCUUCGAGGAUUGUUGCUUGACCAUUGAAGAGUCACUCAAUAGUGUAUAUCGCCAAGGACGUGUGUCUGAUAAGUCAAUUGGGCCACUUGAGAUCAAGAUUGUUGAGCCAGGGACUUUUGAUAAGCUUAUGGACUAUGCCAUUAGCUUGGGGGCAUCAAUCAACCAAUACAAGACCCCUAGGUGUGUGAAAUUUGCACCAAUUGUUGAGCUCUUGAACUCGAGGGCUGUGUCUCGUUACUUCAGUCCAAAGUGUCCCAAAUGGGUCCCUGGUCACAAGCAAUGGAACAAGAAUUGAAGGGUGUGGAAAUUAAGACCCUUUGUCUCUGAUCCCAACUGCUGUUUAAUUUUAAAGCCAUUUCAAGGCUAAUGUUAAGGACCCAUUUUAGGUUAACCCGUGUCUUAAUGUUUUUCUCCCUUUCUUUUCUUCUCCUUUGUACUCUCUUGAAUUUUUUUUAGCCGUUGUUUAAUAUGCGCAUUAGGGACUUUCAGAUUAGCAAUGUACAAAAACACCUCCUGUUCCAAGGAAA